UGUUGAAAGCGCAGCGAGGCAGACGGCGAAGUGAAGUUGCGCAAAGAGCGAACAGAUCGGCAAGUAAACGUGUGCAGAGAGAGAACAGUGGAGAGAGCGAACGUGUAUAGAGAGAGAGCAAACAGUCGAAAGAGAGAGCUGGUCUAUUAAGCCAUCGCUGCAGCUUGACAUACCUGCAAAUUAGCAAAGCAAACAAAGCUCUUUUUUUUAUUUAGUGGCUGUGAUUCACUCUUGUUGAAGUUACUGCUGAACUUCGUACCGAAGACAAACAGUUCCAAGCCAGAGUCGGACAUGGAUCAAAAGCGUGCCAUGCUUUAUCCACAAGUGGAUUUCAACACACCACCAAGCGCACCAUUGGCGACGCCAGCCGUUGGUCCCAUUGAGGCGCCGCCAUCAUACGAUGUGGCAACUACAGCGCAACCAGCUCCAGUGAUUGUUGUGAAUGCUCAGCCACUGCCCCAACAACAACAACAUCAGCAGCAACCACAACAACUGGAGCCCACAAUUGUGCCAGCAGCUCCCUCCAAUUUGGGUCCCAAUCCCUGUCGGGUGCUGUGCCCAGCUUGUGGCGUCCAGAAAACAACGCGCAUGACGCACACAGCCAAUGCACGCACUCACCUGGCUGCUGCUCUAAUCUGCCUCGUGGGCUGGUGUGUCUGUGCCUGCUUUGUUCCCUAUUGCAUGAACAGCUGCCGCACAGGCAACCAUUAUUGCCGCAAGUGCAACACUUUUCUGGGCGUCUACAAUCCGAAAGGCGUCAAAUGAUGGCGAUUACGAGAGAUGCGCACGAUUAAAAUAUAAGAUUAGAUAAGCUAUACUUAGACUGGCCACAUCAGCUGAUUAUUGUUUUAACUAUUUGUAAUUAAAUAUGUAUACACAAACACACA